AUGAUAGUCAAAGUUUUUGAUAAUAUAUUUAUUGGUAAUGUAUAUGAUGCUAUUGAUAUUUAUCAAUUAAUUAAUUUAAAUAUUGGGGGUGUUCUGACAUGUUUUGGUUAUAAAAGUAUUGAUUGGUGUUAUCAUGAAAUUGAUGAUGAACAUAAAAUUUUUUAUAAGGAUAAAUUUAUAAAUUGCAGAAAUGAAUUAAAAAGAAGUUGCCUUCUCCCCUUGGAAGAGGAAAAUAAUAAAUUAAAUGUUAAUUUUGAAGAAAAAACAGGAGAUAUAAAAAUAAAUGAUAAUAUUAUAGAAAAUGACAAAAACUUACAUCAAACAGAUGAUUCUAAUAUAUACUGUAGAUCUUCACCACACUAUGAUUAUAUAAUAGUCCCUAAAGAAAUAAUAAAUCAAAAACACGAUAAUAAUGCAAUUAAAGAUUAUGUAAAAGCAAUGCUUGAUUUAAACUGUAAUUCUUUUAUAGAUUAUAUAAAUUAUCCAAGAAGUGAAAUAAUAAAUCCUAAAAAUAAUUCUGAAGAUUGUUUAAAUAAGAAAAAUGAAUAUGAAAAUGAGAGUGAGGUAAUGAAAGAAGGUGAAAUAUAUAAAGAUAAAUUGAAAAUAUGUAAAAGUAGCGAUGAAGAAAAUAUAUUAGCAAAUAAAAAUAACACAGAUAAUAUAUCAAAAGUUGUAGAUAUUUUAAAAGGAAAAAAUGACAAAACUAAUUCUUUAAUCGGAAAUGUGAGUAGUGAUGAUUUAAAAAAUAAAAUAAUAGAUUCAAAAUCAGAAGGUAAUAUACAAAAUGUUUGUGAAUUAAAUAAAUGUUUAAGACAAAACAACAAAAUUUCUUUAAAUAAUAUAUAUAAAAUGAAACAUUUAUAUUUAAAUAUACUUGAUACAUUUGAUGAAAAUAUACUUGACCAUAUAAGUAAAGCUCAUUCAUUUAUUGAUAGUGUAAUUGAACAAAAAAAAAAUGUUUUAGUUCAUUGCAUGGCUGGAAUCUCUCGUUGUUCUUCUAUUAUUUUGUCAUAUGUUUCUAAAAAGAAUAAGAAAGGGAUUAGUAAAAAUCUAUCAUUAUUAAAAAAUAAAUAUCCAUUUGCACAACCGAAUGAAAAUUUUUAUCGUCAACUGCUUCUUUAUGAAAAAAUGAAUUAUACUUUAGAUGGAUGUACUGAAUAUCAUAGUGCAUAUAAAAAGAUAAAAUAUAAUAAACAAUUUCUUGAGGAGUUAAAAUUUUUUAAUUUAAAAAAUGAAAAAGAUCCAACAUACAAAUUUCAAUGCAAAUUUUGUAGAUAUACACUUUUUAAUGAUAAUGACAUUAUUAAGCAUGAUUUAGAUAAAUAUAAAAUAAAGAAAAAUUAUGGUAAUUCAUGCACUAAUAUUUUUAUCGAAAAAAAAGAAUGGCUAUUGACAGAAAACAGAAUGAAAGGAGUACUAUAUUGCCCAAAUGCUAAUUGUAAUAUAAAAUUAGGUAAAUGGUCAUGGACUGGAAUAUGUUGCUCAUGUGGUUAUUUGCAAAUUCCUGCUUUUAUGAUAAAUAUAUCAAAUGUUGAUCGUAUGAAUAUUAAUAAGGAAAACUAG